GCCUACUUGCCUUGACCACCUUGCAGAACGUUCAUUGUAAGGAAUAUAAUUGCGUCAAUGGCUCGCCGUCCGGUCGUCGGUCUCAUCGCCGUCGCUAUCCUCCUGGGCGCCGCCAUGACGGUGGAAGCGCAGAUCACCUGCACCCAAGUGGUGUCGUACCUGUUCCCUUGCCUGGGAUACGUCCAGGGCAUUCAGCCCCUCACCGGCAGCUGCUGCAACGGCGUGCGGUCGCUGAACGCCGCAGCCAAGAGCAGGGAGGACCGGCAGACCACCUGCAACUGCCUCAUGCGGACGGCUGCCGGCGUUCAGGGCAUCCAGCCCGGACUAAUCUCCGGCAUCCCGGCAAAGUGCAACGUCGCCGUGCCGUACCCCAUCAACCCCAACGCCGACUGCUCUCGGAUCAACUGAAAUGAAGUGAAGUGAGCACUGAGCAUGGAGAAAAUAAUGAUCGAGUUUAAUUUUAAUUAAGUAAAGUAGAGGUGAAGUGCUUCCUUUCAAUCGAGUGUGUUGCUGUGAAAGUUUACUGUGAUCUAGUGCAGUUUUAUCAUAUGGGGCUUCUGUAAGCAGCAGUCAUCACUGUUAAGAUCUCAUUUAAUGUCCUGCUACUUAAUAAUAUCUGCACUAUAAUAAUUUGACAA